CACACACACAAUCAUGUCCGUCUCUACCCUGGACGUGGCCGCCGAGCUGGAGUCCCUCCAGUCUCGCUUCAAGCCCAUUUCUGUUGAGAAGGACGUCCCGGUCCACAUGGAUCUCGGCCUCCUCACCCUGUCGGAUCCUGCGGCCAUCUCCGCCGAGACCGUCGCUGCCGAGCCCGACUUCCUCAAGAACCUGGCUCGCGACAAUGCGCAGCUUCUGAUGAACGCCAUCCUUUCGCUGCCGACCGAGCGCAAUGACUUUGCCCUGGUGGCCAGCCUUCCGGCCAUCACCACCCGCCUGCCGCGUGAGAAGACCCUGCCCUCCGGGCCGGCUCUCACUCGCUGGGAGAAGUUCGCCAAGGAGAAGGGCAUCCAGAAGCGCAAGAAGUCCAAGAUGGUCUUCGACGAGGCCAAGGAGGAGUACCUGCCGCGCUUUGGCUACAAGCGCGCCAACGACGACACCAAGGACUGGCUCAUCGAGGUCCCGAAGAAUGCCGACCCCUACCAGGACCAGUUUGCCGCACGCGAGGCGGCCAAGAAGGAGCGCGUCAGCAAGAACAAGAAGAACCAGAAGCGCAACCAGGCCUCGGCGGCCAUUACCGCGCAGGGUGCCCCGGUGGGCAUCAUGCCGCAGGCCGCCGGCAAGGCCACCGCCCGCGUCAAGGGUGCCCUCUCCUCGACGGCCAAGGUGGCGGUCGAUGCCCAGGCUCUGGCCCAGGCGCGCAAGCAGCGUGCCCAGCUCAAGGAUCGCCUGCGCGAGACCCUCUCCACCACGCAGAUUUCUACCGCCUCCAUGGGCCGCUUCGACAAGGCCCUCAAGCGCGACAAGCCGGUGGUCGAUCGUGUGGCCAAGAAGAAGUCCCAGGUGACCGGCCGCGAGGCCGAGGAGCGCCUCCAGGCCCUGAAGAUCCUGAAGCAGGUGGCCCGCAAGCGCGGUGUCAACGCCGAGCUGGUCAACGCCCGCAAGGCGGCUCACCUGGACUCCGUUGCCCAGGCCGAGGAGCGCCGGGGGCAGCCGCGCAUGGCUCCGGGGGCCAAGCGCAAGCUCGCCGCCGCCAAGGCUCGUGCCCGGAAGUAAGUGCGCAUCCGGUGCAUGUGGCCAUGCCCUUGACAUCUGCCGCAUUGUGGCCCACUGCCUUCUGCUCCUUCCUCCAGCUUUUUUACAGACACAUUCGCACGCACGAGACAUGCACACAUGCGCAUUCAUCCAUACACACACACACAUAUAUAUAUA